AUUUCCAGGUUAUUCCAUCCUCUUCACGCACCCGGCGACAGAAAUUAUCCAGAAGACAGUUGAGUCUCAAAAUAAAACCCCGAGUGACAACGGUGUAUUUUAACAUUCCCUUUGAGCUACAGUGACGCUGUGUUUGUGAAGGCAAAGUAACGUUAUUUCCGACAUGGUUGUCUCAGCCGAACACAUUAAGGAUAAACUCACCAAGGAGCUCGGAGCUACACAUGUGGAUGUGGAGGAUACGUCAUCCAACCGGUGUGCUGCCAGCUUCAAAGUUCUGGUUGUGUCGCCCCAGUUUGAGGGCAAACAGCUGUUACAGAGACACAGGAUGGUGAAUACCUGCUUGGCUGAGGAGCUGAAAGAGAUCCAUGCGUUUGAACAGAAGACCCUCACACCAGAACAGUGGGAGAAACAGAAAUCGCAAUGACACUGGCUCACACACACACACACACACACACACACACACACACACACACACACACACACACACACACACACACACAGUCGGAAGAAUGAUAUAACACAUAUGUUAAAGUACCCAUGAGAAACAUUGUUCACCAACUACAUACUAAAAAAAAUAUUUUUCCUGCAGCAUGUGGGAAGCAGACAAGUGCUCCUUCAUUUUCUGUUAAUCAGUGAAGUGCAGUUACAUGUAAUGGAGCAUACUGGUGGCAAUAAAACAUUUCAAUACUU